UUUUCACUCCGGUCAGGUCAACGCAAUAUGGGAAAUAAAGCGUCCACCGGAGAAGGCAAGCAGAGUCGCCGCAACCGCCAAGUCGGCGUCCCGCAGCCAGGCACCCCUCCGCGCCAACAACCAUCUCCUCCUGGUACACCCCCGAGAGGUUCUGGAGCAGGAAGUGCGCGUGGAGCAGGGUCGUCGCUGGCUGUUGCACCCUCUGCAACUUCCAAACCCCUUCCUCCUCCUGUGCCACUUCCAGUGGUCAACAAGACGCCAGCCGCCCAAGCCCCAUUGAGCAAGGACAACAUCACCGGCAACAUUGGCGACGUGUUUGCCGUGUACAACGUGGAAAAGAAGGAAUUAGGCCACGGACACUACGGGACUGUUCGUAUCGGCACGCACAAAGUCUCAGGGGCCAAGGUCGCCAUCAAGACUAUUCCCAAAGUGAAAGUGAGCCGCCCGGAAACCCUUCGCCGCGAAAUCGAAAUCCUUCGCACGGUGGACCACCCGAACAUCAUCAAGUUGUUUGAAGUGUUUGAAGACACGCGCCAUUUGCAUCUUGUCACGGAGCUGUGCACAGGCGGCGAACUGUUUGAUCGCAUCAUUGCCCGAGGCCACUACACGGAAGCCGACGCCGCCAAGUUGGUGCGCAAGAUCUUGGACGCGGUCAAGCAUUGCCACGACCGCGAAAUCUGCCAUAGAGACCUGAAGCCAGAAAACUUUUUGUUUGCGACCAAGGACGAAACCGCGGAAUUAAAGGUCAUCGACUUUGGCCUGUCGCGCACGGACGUCGGCGGCACCGGCGACUCGUUCAUGACUACCCGUGUGGGCACGCCAUACUACAUCGCGCCAGAAGUGCUGGGUCGGCAUUACGACAAGUCGUGCGACCUGUGGAGCAUUGGGGUCAUCACAUACAUCUUGCUGUGCGGGUACCCUCCGUUCUACGGUGACAGCGAUCCCGAGAUCUUUUCAUCUGUUCGAACGGGCAAGUACUCGUACGAUACCCCUGAAUGGGUUGGCGUCAGUGCCGAAGCCAAGGACCUGAUCAACCACCUCUUGUUGCUGAACCCGUCCAAGCGCUUGACUGCUGCGCAGGCGUUGCAACACCCGUGGUUGUCUGGGUCGGCGCCGUCGACGGAGCGCAGCCUCAACGGCACCAUUUUGGGCAGCCUCAAGCGUUUCCAGGGCCACAACAAGCUCAAGAAGGUGGCACUGGCCGUGAUUGCCGACCAGUUGACGGGCCACGAAAUCAACGAGUUGAAGAAACAAUUCCAAAAGAUCGACGUGGACGGCAACGGCGUGAUCACGAUGCAAGAGCUGGCAUUGGCCGUGCGCGACAUGGGCCAAGAUGUGCUGGAAGGCGAAGUGCUGACGCUGCUGCAAGGCAUCGACAUUGACGGCGACGGCAGCUUGGACUACAAGGAGUUUCUCGCCGCCACGGUCAAGCGCAACACGUUCAACAAGCAAGAGUACCUGGCCCAAGCGUUCAACUAUUUUGACACGAAAAAGCAAGGCGUGAUCACCAAGGACGACCUGGUUCGGUUCAUGGGGUCAGAAGACCAUGCGCAGGAAGUGAUGGAUGAGAUCGACACGAACGGCGACGGCGCGAUCAGCUUUGACGAGUUUUGUGCGAUGAUGCAGCACAAGAACCUGGGCGACGAAGGCACGCCCCGCGGGGACAAGGUCGGCGUGGGCUUUGGCGGCGACGCCGGUGCCGCCGGCGUGGCUGGCCAAACCACCGAGCUCUAGCAAUGUCCUCUGUAUUUUGAAUGACAUGAUGAUCCAUCGUAACACUA